GUGCAGGGUUGUGGCUAGUAUCACGUAAAUGUUUUACAUAUGCUUUUCAGAGAGGCCUUUAGAUGUUUCCAGUACAGGAUUGUUCAUUAUUGCAGUUGAAGUUUCAGACUCAAGUUUCCACAUGACAAGACAACAGUCAGCUCUUCAUAUUUGGACCUGGUAUAGCAUAGGCUUCCUCACAGGCUGAUCCUGUCCUGGAUUUCAGCAUGAAUUGGGCAUCAUUUUAUGCUGUGAUCAGUGGUGUGAAUAGACACUCAACCGGCAUUGGACGCAUUUGGCUGUCCGUCAUAUUCAUCUUCCGCAUCUUGGUACUGGUGGUGGCGGCUGAGAGCGUGUGGGGGGACGAGAAGUCUGGCUUUACCUGUAACACCCAGCAGCCCGGCUGCAACAGCGUGUGCUACGACCAGUUCUUUCCAAUAUCACACAUUCGCCUCUGGGCCCUGCAGCUCAUACUGGUGUCCACGCCAGCUCUGCUAGUCGCCAUGCAUGUUGCCCAUCGUCGUCAUGUGGAGAAAAAGAUUCUCAAAAUAUCUGGGCGGGUUAGUGCAAAAGACUUUGAAGACAUCAAGAGGCAGAAGUUUAAGAUCACAGGUGCUCUUUGGUGGACUUACAUAGUAAGCAUCAUUUUCCGCGUUAUUUUUGAGGUGGUUUUCUUGUACAUUUUUUAUACAAUCUAUCCAGACAUCAAGAUGGUGCGUCUUGUAAAGUGUGAUUCCUACCCCUGUCCAAAUACAGUGGACUGUUUUGUGUCCCGUCCAACAGAGAAGACCAUUUUUACUAUGUUCAUGCUGGCAGUGUCUGGAGUUUGUGUUUUGCUGAACAUUGCAGAGGUUGUUUAUUUAAUAGGGGGUGCAUAUAUCAGAUACUUUCACGGAGCAGCUAGUGAAACAAAAGGACCUUGGCUCACUAAAAAACUGGCCUCCUACAAGCAGAAUGAAAUAAAUCAGUUGAUAUCAGAGCACUCAUUCAAACCCAGAUUUAAUUCGGGCCGUAGACCUGCUACUGACAAGGGGGAGCGCUGCUCUGCUUUCUAAUACUGAUCUGUCAAUAACCAAUUGAAUGUAAGUGAUGAUAUUAUUUCAUUUUCACUCAUUAAGUAAAAUCAUUUAAAAUGUUAUAUACAUGUGAGAAAUCAUCAUGGGAAGAUAUGCAAACAUGUUAACAUUUGCUAAUUCUAAUGGGUCCAAACAUUGUCUUUUCUAAAAGGAAUUAAAUUGGUGUUACACUAGACUUUUCCACCAAUACGCAUGUAAACAUGAGAAAGCUGGAACAGAAAAAUAAUGCAUGUGUUAAAGGUUUUUCUGUCAGUGUCUCAUAAAGUUUAGGUUUGAUGAACUCUGAUCUGAAAAAUGUUUGUUGUGAAAACACAUUUGACGAGAUUUCAAACAUGCAGAGAGUAAAAACCAAGCAUGGUUUGCAGUAAAAGAAAAGUUUUGAUAAUAUAUGUUUUUUUAACAUUUUUAAUGUUGUUUUUCGAAGGCAAGCAUUGCUAUUUUCAUUGCAAGCAUUGCUCUCUCAUACUUUUCUCAAACCCAUAACCUUAAGUAUUGCAUUUAAUUGUAUCUGUUGUGCAAUGGAAAUACAUGCUACCUCAAAAUUUGUAGGAUGUAGAGAAAACAUAUGCUACUACUCUUCAGCAAUCAGACAUAAUUUUUGCACGGCAGACUAUAACAAAUUAAAAAUAUAUAGCUGCAAGAAGCAAUCAGCAGGGUACAAGCGUUUUAAGACCUUAAAGUGCAUACUUUUUUUAGAAAUAGGACAUGUAAUUUUCACUUUUCAAAAUCAUGAUUGUUUCCUCCCACUAUCAAAGCCGUUUGCUUAAAAUUUUUAACUGCACAUUCUCAUCACCACUGAAGAGCAGGACCGAGCAGAACAAGGAGAACCUGCCUGUGUCGACGGGGCGCCGUAAGAGGGAUGCUUAGGAUGAUUUUAAUGGCCCAUUACAUUUUGAAGUCCCCAGCCAUGGACUGUGAAGCAUGGGCCCUUAACUUGGCCCUCUCUCCCUUGCUCUGCCCGGUCUUUACUCUGAGUUUUUAGUGAACUUUAAAAGAGAAAGGUAUGUGUAUUAACUGCUAUUUGCUAUGACAUCUGCAUUAUGUGCAGUUACUAUAAAUGCAGUUUAAAUCAUGUGAUGCUGAAGCACUGAUCUAUAUAAAUGACUGGAUUGCGCAUGACGUCACAAUUGUGAAGCCACCGCUCCACCAUAUUGGUAUGCCCAAAAAUUCUAUAAAAUUUUAAUGAUAAAAGAUCACUUUUUAUAUCUGAAGUCUCCCUGUACAUUAUUACAAUGCAAACAUAAGUGUGUACAUAGUUAUUUACUGAAAGUUGUAUAUUAUGCUGUUUAAACAGUAAGUUACUUUACAUUCAUCUUCAUUGCAGUUUCAGAUCAGCGGACAGAUCGCAGCAUAUUUAAUAUUAAUGACAAACAUGCUCAUUCUAAAAUCUAAAUAAAUAAUCAUGCUUUGUAUGUGAUGCAAUAAUUGGCUGGUUUUGUAAUUAUGUUAUCUCUCCAAGUCUGAAAUAACACCGACCGUGUAGUUUAAUGUCAAAAAUAACGCUGACCGUGUAGCUUAAUGUCAAAAAACUUUAUUUAUGCCCGUGUCACUAACAGAACACAGCAGACAGACCUAAACUUUUUUAUAUAAAUCUCUUAUCUUGCCCGAUUAAAACAUAAACAUUGCAAAUAACACCAUAAGUAACAAUUAAUUUACGUACAAAAUCCUAAAAAUUUACCUUGUUUGACUGAUACGUGAUACGAUAUGCGCAAUCCAGUAAUUUAUAUAGAUCAGUGCGCAGAAGCAAUACAAUACAGAUUUAUGUUUCCUGUUUUGUGUUAUGAUUAUGAUGCGAAGUCAGCCCUUAUAAGCUGUAUUAAUUAACAUAGCCCAGGAGUCUCCAACCUUUUUGUGAGCAAGGGCUAUCACAAUAAUUAAAACAAUCUGGAGGGCUACUUUUUAUAUUUUUUAUUAAAAAUAUUUUUGUUUACUUGUUUAUUUUAUUCUACUUGUUGCUAUGUUUUAUCAUUAUUUAAAAUGUAAACAUACAUAUAAGAAGCCAAGCUAAUAUAAAAAAUAUGUAAUAAAUAAAUAUUAAAAUUGAGGCUGUUCAUAGAACGUGCUUUGGCAGGCAACCGGGCACCAUGUUAGAGACCACUGAAAUAGCACAUAUAGGCUAAGCUAAUUAAUAUAAACUAGAAAUUUCAUCAGUUACACCCCAAUUUUUUGUAACAAAUUAUACCAAGGAAGUAUUUUUAUGCAUCUGAGAGUUGAUUGUGAUGAGACAGAAAUGCAAUUAAGGCUAAACUAGUCCAGUAAUGUAUAUUAAAGCUUCUCACCUUGCAACAGCUUAAAAAAAUUCAAUGGAAAUCUAUGCUGUAAUCUGCUAUAGUUGUCCUCUUCGUUUUAGAAUCCUGUUGAGUCCUUCUUCUCUGCAGAAUUUAUCAUUAGAAUUAAUUUAAUUAUUUUCUGUAUUUUGUACUGUAUCACCAUAUUCCCUAAAAAUAUGUAAAAAAAAAAAAAAAACAUUUCCCCUCACUUCUACACCCACAUAAAAUGUGAUAGCACCUUCCAGUAGCCAAGGUUUUCACAAAUUGUGCACAGUCCUAAA